AUGGAACCGAAUCCAAUGUCUUCCAGUUUCACUCCGCAGUUAAUCGGCGUCUCUAGGUUGAGAUCUUCCUCCAUUAAGAAGUUGCCGGAACCCUUACGCCGCGCCGUCGCUGACUGCCUCUCUUCACCUAUCGCCUCCGCUAACGAACCUUCCAGAAUUCUUCGGGACUAUCUGAAAGGUCCUAUGACCACAGACAUGGCUUACAGUGCAAUUCUGGAACAUACUAUUGCGGAGAGGGAGCGCAGUCCUGCAGUAGUUGCAAGGUGUGUGGCACUAUUAAAGCGGUAUCUUCUAAGAUACAAACCGAGCGAGGAGACAUUACUUCAGAUAGAUCGUUUUUGUUCAGCUGUAAUUGCUGAAUGUGUUAUUAACCCAAAUCAGCCAUGGUCACAAUCUAUGAAUCGACAAUCUGGUGCUUCAACAACUCCAUCUCCUUUACUUGUAUCUAGUGUUGCUUCUGAGGCACAUGUGAAGUCACUGAGUUAUGUGCGCUCCCUAGUGGCCCGACACAUUCCCAAACGGAUUUUUCAACCAGCUUCUUCAUCGGGAAAAUCACUGCCAACAUUAUCAUCUUUGCUGAGUAAAUCUUUCAAUUCUCAACGUAAUCCUGCUAUUGUUCCAGAAACGCCAAGUUCUUCAAGUGUUUCAAAAACAUUACAGGAAGACUCCAUCACGCGCUCUGUCUUAAAGUCAUUUAAAUGUGAAAAAGUUGAUGAAAAGAAUGAAUUAGGGUUCAUUGCCCAUGAUGUUCUUAAAUGGCGCUGGCUUGAGCAACCACUAUCAUCAUCAGUUGGGACUGAAAGUGAUCGUGGUCAAUAUAUGACGUCACAUAGUAGUUUCUUAGAAGUAGGGGCAGCAGCUUUACUCGUAGGAGACAUCGAAUCUAAGAUGAAGGGGCAACCAUGGAAAUUUUUUGGAACUGAUGAUAUGCCUUACCUGGAUCAGCUAUUGCAGUCUUCUCCUGUAACACCAAUUACAAAUUCUGUCUCUGCUCGUUGCCACCUGAGAGCAAUAACAGCAUCUAAGCGCAAAAAAGCAGGCUCUCGUCAUAUAUGGCACGAUUCUCUCGUGAUUACAUUUCGUCCCCGAGCUCGACAGCUUUUCCAGUAUCGUCAUUACAGUGAGCAACAGCCUUUACGAUUAAACCCUGCUGAGGUACAAGAAGUUAUUGCAGCGGUUUGCUCUGAGGCUUCUUCCCCAGGCACCAAUGUCAUGACAGUGUCAACUAGACUAGGCAAUAACAGUGGAAAACCAUCGACAGAUGUGGCUGUUAGCGUCCUUAUUAAACUAGUUAUUGACAUGUAUGUUUUAGAUUCUCAGACAGCUGCUCCUCUCAUUCUUUCUAUGCUUGAGGAGAUUCUUAGUUCUUCUGAAACAGGUUGCAGGAUUAGGGCUUUCGAUUUGAUUCUAAAUCUAGGGGUUCAUUCUCAUCUCCUAGAACCUAUGAUUGUUGACGAAGCUUCCAUAAUUGAAGAAGAAUAUUCUCAAGAGUCCUACUAUGACAGCCACACUCAAAUUAUGAUGCAAGGAAGCAGAAAAGGAAGUUCUCAGAAUAAAUCAGACACAGUUUCUGCGAUUGAUAAUUUUGAGCCGUGGAUUAUAAAUAUUCUGUAUGAGAUACUGCUUCUACUUGUUCAGACUGAAGAAAAGGAGGAAUCUGUUUGGGCAUCUGCACUCAGCUGCUUGCUUUAUUUUGUCUGCGAUCGAGGAAAGAUCAGGAGAAAUCGCUUACAAGGACUCGACAUAAGGGUUCUGAAAGAACUUAUAAGAAUCAGCAGGGAGAACUCCUGGGCAGAAUUAGUUCAUUGCAAGCUGAUUUCCAUGUUAACCAACAUGUUUUACGAAGUUCUUGAUGAAGUUACAGAGUCUGUUCCUAGAAAACCGAAGUUUCUUGUGGAUCAACUUGAUCUUAUUGGAGUUCAAUUUAUUUUCAUUGAGUAUUCCCUUGCAAACUCAAGAGAAGAAAGGAAAAAUCUGUAUUCAGUGCUUUUUGAUUACAUUCUGCAUCAAGUAAAUGAAACAUGUAUAGCUACAGGUGUAAAUGAAUACAGUGAUGAUGAGAUCCAACCUCUUGCUUCUCUACUUGCUCAAGCAAAUGCGCCUGAGGCAUUUUAUAUUUCUGUCAAACUUGGCGUAGAAUGCAUUGGGGAGAUUUUGAGAAGAUCAAUUGAAUCUACUUUGUCCAGAUAUCCUAACAGUGAACGACUAAAUGUGGUAUGUCUCCAAUAUUAUUUUCUUGUCUAUUGA